AUGUCUCUUCACGUAUUUUGGCCAGCUACUGCCUGCCUGACAAUGUUCGUCGUGGGCGUAAUAAUGAUAAUCUUGAAGUACGGUCCUCGCUUGUUUAAUGCCAGACACGUGCCUCUGCCUUCCGAUCAGGAGUGGGAGGCCAAGUCUUAUUCUCGAGAAAUAUCAAUCUCGAUGGCGUAGUAUCAGUAUUUUGCUGCCUUAUUGUAAUUUUUUUUUCCCCCGUUUCUAUCGGUCUAACUUCAUCGCAGCUUUAUUUUACGCACGCUUUUAAUGGGAAGAUUAUAAAAAAAAAAAUUAUUUCAAUAUUUACUAAAUAUAUUAUUGUUUUAUAUAUAGAAUUACAUUAUUAUAUACUUCGAAACUAAUCAAAAUCAACUGCCGUCAUAUCAAUGAAAGCUCACAUUUUUCAUGUUGCCAGAAAAAUUAUAACGUACUCGCGUUUUCUAGAACUUAUAAAACUUUAUUCCGUCCAAAAACAUCAAAACCACGAGAUGAUGUUAACGUUUUGAUUUUAAAUUAUCAUUUCAACGUACGCAAUUUUCAUUCCGGUCAGUUAUAUCGAUAUCCCGUCAGCUUCGAUCUAUUUAACAACGUCCCUUUUCGACGACUGUUUUUGGGGAUAGAAUAAUGCGAAAAAAAGGAAGCUGCUAUUUGCAGGCGCCAUAGAUAUAAUCAUGUAAAAACAAAAGUCUGCAAAGAAUACGGCAAUCGUUUUCGAUUACGGGAAAAUAAAUUGCCUCGAGUAACGAAACGGAAAUCGCUUUGGAAUCGUUGAACAUAAACAUUGAAUGUAAUAAUUAAAUUGAAUCUAUGAUUAUGUAUGUAUUUUUUCGCGCGACUGUGGAUUCAUUACCUUAUCGUUUUCUUCUUCAUUUUUAUAAAACCAAAAUGAUAUUCCACGUUUUUAUAAUCUACGAUGCAGGCCACAAAUCGACCUGGAAUAUAUACCGCAUACCUGAGUAAUCAUUCCAAUCUAAUUACAAUAAGAACAUAAAUGGUAUUAUACAUAUUAUAAGAAUCUCGUGCGGGGAUACUCUGAUAAAUUAGUCGAACAUACCCAAAUGCAAUUCUUUAUUUUUUUUUCUAAUUUGACGCUUUAUUUGUCAUAACUAAAUAUGAUUCGAUAUAGCAGCUAUAGACAAAUUUAUCAGAAUGUCAACAACUUGAACAGACUUAUCGACAUAUCGAUGAUUCGCAAUCCGUCCAAUAGUUUUUAUACUUAUACAUCGUUAGUUUUAACGCCAUGUAUUGAAUAUUAUAUAUAUAUAGUAAAUGUACGCCUAUCGAUUAUACGCAUGAAUAGUAUGUAGCACAGUAGUUAUACAUACACGCUAUAUAUAUAUAUAUUUGUCACAAAUGCAUUUUAGAAUUUUUUCAAUAAAACAUAAUGACCAUCAA